UCCACCACCCCUCCGCUCUCCCUCCUUUCCCCCCCCCUCCCCGGAUCCUAUAGCUCUAGUGGCCUCUGCUGGCCAGAGAGCUUCUCUUCCGCCAUCAUGAGUCUCGCACGUCCUGCCCGAUGCCUCUUCUGCACCUUCUCGCGGGCGACCUCCGCCGGCCCUCGCGUGCCUAGUCGCCAGUUCCACCUCUCGUCGAUACAGCUCUCCGACCGGAAACCCAAAGUCCCCGAGAUUAAUGCCCCCGAAGGAAAGACGCUGGAAGAGGUGUACCGGGACCUCAAGCUCGACGACUUCAAACCAUACACCGAGGAGGAGAAAGCCGCCCUCAAGGAAGAAUACACCCCCGAACAGAUUGCCGCCAUCGAGGCCGGUGAGGCCGCCAUUGACCCCAAGGACCUGCAUGAACAGUUCCGCCUCCGUCGGGAUCCGAUGAGACUGAGGUACUUGGAUGAUCUGUCGUCCAUUGAACCCGGCGUGGACAAGCAUGUUCGUGCCCCCAAGACCAACUCCGACUACAACGCGACUUUCAAAUCCGACGAUGAUUUAAUGGAAGACAUUGUCGAAUACUUCGUCAAUGCCCCCGAGGAGCCAGAACCGGCGGAUCUCGUGCGGUUCUUGGAGACCAACCGGGUCACUCACGGCAAAGAGGAGAAUGAGCUCAACGGACACAGCGCGAUCGCGCCUAAUCUCUUGAACGAGGGCGAGACCUUGGAACACAUGGGUAGCGAUAUCAAGGAACGACCCCGGUACCGGACCCCUGCGGGAGAGCUCACGUAUCUGAAUCCCAAUGAACCCACGGAGCAGGAGAAAAAGCUUUUCCAGGUCACGGGCUACUCUCGUGAUUACAUCAAGUCUCUGUACGUCAAGGACCUCGUGGUGCGCCGGGUCAGCAACCAGACCCGACUGGGUAAGAUCCCUAGCAUGUCCGUCCUGGCGGUCGCCGGCAACCAGAGGGGCCUGAUGGGAAUUGGAAUUGGCAAGUCCGAUGAAAUUAUCGAUGCCUGCCAACAGGCCCGCGCCCGCGCCAUUAAGAACAUGCGCCCCGUGCCGCGCUACGAGGCCCGGACCAUUUUCGGCGACGUCAAGGGCAAGGUCGGAGCGGUGGAACUGGAAUUGAUGCACCGUCCGCCAGGAUUCGGUCUCCGCUGUCAGCACCUGAUUUUCGAAAUGUGCCGUGCGGCCGGUAUUCAGGACCUGGCUGCCCGGGUCAACCGGUCCAGAAACCCGAUGAACACCGUCAAAGCCGCCUACGAGGCGCUCAUGAGCCAGCGGGACCCCGAGGAAAUUGCUCGUGCCCGGGGCAAGAAGAUGGUUGAUGUGCGAGGCGUGUACUAUGCGGGAGUGAAGAUUGUACCUCCUCUCCCUAAGCCAGGAGUUGCGCAGGGGAAGCCGUAAGCGCGAAGGCCGAAUAGACGGAAUUCUACCAGUGCGGCUGUCGCUUCACCACCUGAUACUAGACAUGUUUGCGUCAUGGCGGUGUAUAUAAUGUUUUUCCUAUUUCCUAUUAUUCUAUCCUGUAUUCAGUCAUGUAUUUUACUACUUCAGCUACACCCACCACUACCACUACCACCACCACAAUCAAACAACCAUAAGAAC